AUGAUCAUAUUUGAUGAAUGGAUUCUCGAUAUGAUGAUAUCAGAUGAAUGGAUUCUCGAUAUGAUCAUAUCAGAUGAUGAGAUUCUCGAUAUGAUGAUAUCAGAUGAUGAGAUUCUCGAUAUGAUGAUAUCAGAUGAUGAGAUUCUCGAUAUGAUGAUAUCAGAUGAAUGGAUUCUCGAUAUGAUGAUAUCAGAUGAAUGGAUUCUCGAUAUGAUCAUAUCAGAUGAUGAGAUUCUCGAUAUGAUGAUAUCAGAUGAAUGGAUUCUCGAUAUGAUCAUAUCAGAUGAUGAGAUUCUCGAUAUGAUUAUAUGUGAUGAUGAGAUUCUCGAUAUGAUCAUAUUCGUUGAAUGGAUUCUCGAUAUGAUCAUAUCAGAUGAUGAGAUUCUCGAUAUGAUUAUAUGUGAUGAUGAGAUUCUCGAUAUCAUCAUAUCAGAUGAUGAGAUUCUCGAUAUGAUCAUAUUAGUUGAAUGGAUUCUCGAUAUGAUCAUAUCAGAUGAUGAGAUUCUCGAUAUGAUGAUAUAG